GUCCACGCACUCAGCUCGUUUUCUCAAUUUCUUUUUCCGUUCAACCCACCCCUAUAUUUAUUCUACUUUUAAUUAAUAAUUGAUAAUUCAGCUACAAUGGCCAGUUACGACAUUGUUCUCCUCGACGUCGAAGGAACCACCACGCCCAUUUCGUUUGUUCACGACGUGCUCUUCCCUUAUAUCACUAACAAUGUCAGCGACUUCCUGGCAUCCAACUGGAACGACCCUAUGCUCCAAACUCACAUCCGCGCAAUAGCCGACCAGGCCAACCUAGAUGCCCAAUCAGGGAUCUCCUCGGCCAUCCCCAUUGACCUCCUCAACGACACACCAGAAGAGAUCCGCUCUAAAACCCUGGCUAACAUUGACUGGCAGAUGAAAUCCGACCGCAAAAUCGGCGCACUCAAGGGACUCCAAGGCUUCAUGUGGCAGACAGGCUACAAGAACGGCCAGCUCCUCGGUGCAAUGUUCCAGGACGCCGUCAUUGCAAUUAAGCGGUGGUGCGAGAAGUCCCGUUCGGUGUAUAUUUACUCUUCGGGCAGUGUUGAAGCGCAAAAGCUUAUUUUCGGGUACAGCGAUCAUGGCGACUUAAGCGAGCUUUUGAGCGGACAUUACGACACAAAGGUUGGCGCAAAGAUCGAGAGCCAGAGCUACUUGCGCAUUGCAGGUGAUAUUGGUGUUGUGCCUGGGAGGGUUUUGUUUGUUAGUGAUAAUGUUUUGGAGAUUCGUGCGGCGAGCGAGGCUGGGAUGCAGACUGUUGUGUCAGUGCGGCCGGGGAAUGCCCCAAUUCCGGAGAGCGAGCUGGGCAUGUUCAAGACUGUCACUGAUUUUAUGGAGAUCCCGUUGUGAGAACGUAAUAGAAAAAAGGAAAGAAGGGUUAUCUCCAUGGGAGUUAUCGCGAGCACGUUUUAGACAAGGGUGUGUUUGUGUGGUGAACAAAUAGAAAAGACAUAAUAGUCUAUAUAAAACGAACACCUUUUAACAAAAUGUAAAGUGCGUAAACACACUUUCAAAGUUUUCUCAAUGGUUGAAGAUUUGUUACAGUGAAGUGCGUUAACAAUGCAUUAACAACCUUCGUCAGAGGU